AUGCGGUGGCUCAUAUCUCUCUGCCUGGCUUGUAUCACCAUCGUUGCUGCCCUCGAGAGGAACUACAAGAUCGUCAUCGAGGGCGGUGCAUCGUGUCAGUAUCAGUUCAAGCGAGCCGAAUCCGCCACCGUCAUCGAGAGAGACUUCUGGAUCAACACGACUCCCACGCCCGUCGUGCUCGAUCUACAACUCCACACUGAUGACUAUCGAGUCUUUGUCCUCAAUCGCGAUGAGGAGCCAGCCCGAUCUGUAGUCAUCCACCGUAUCAGCGCUACCGUCUUUCCCGAGGCAGUCUUUAUUAGCUUCCUCAUCAGGAUCCCCCUCGUCGUCGAUGCAGCCUUCUUUUACGAGGCGAACUGCUGCAUCUUCGAAUGGCGCAUCGAAGUCGACGGGUUCUACAACAUGAGAAAGAUCGAAGCGCUCCGAGCAGGCGUCUGGGUAGAGUGCAAUAAGCUGCCAUCGACGAGCAUCUGUGCGCCCCUCCAAGAGAGCAGGUGA